AUGGGGGGCAGUUCAAGUGAUACGCUGCCCAGGAGUUUGGGUGCAAUCAACCUCGAACCAAAGGAAAUCGACGAUAUUUUUGCAUUAUACUUCCUGUACUAUGCAAAGCACUUGCCAUUUCUGGACCCACAAGCUACUCCUAACUCGUUUUAUGACCAGUCGCCUCUAUUGUUCUGGGCAAUCAUCAGCGCAGGUACUAGAAGAUAUAUAGGCAACCCCACCUUAAUUGGAUCGAUCGCUGAGCCCGUCCUGAAACUCGGAUGGUCUUCAAUGCACAUAGGAGGUGCGGUAAUUCCCAAUAUCCAAGGACUUUUGAUCUUAUCUACUUGGCCAUUUCCGACAAAUUCAACAAGCAAAGACAACACCUUUACCCUAUCUGGGAUGUCGAUCAAUCUGGCACUUCAAAUUGGUCUACAUGUGCCACUGCAAGGACAAGACUAUUCACGAACUCGAGUGGAUCUGAGCAAUGAGAACAUUGCUCGCCGUGUUCAGCUGUGGUCUUAUUGUGUAGUCGUGCACCAAAAAGCCGCAUGUGCCCUCGGAUACCCAAUUACACUGCCCUUAGAUCUAUUCCAGAGAAAAUUGGAGUUGAGCGGCCAUAUGUCUCUAACUCCCCGGAGCUUAAACUUAGAGAUCAGACUCGCAAGUAUCGUUGGUCGAAUGAACUCGGUUCUAUUUGAAUACAAUUUCGACGAUUUACAAAACAAGCCUCAAGCUGCUCCCUCAAUGAUGUUAGAUGUUUUUGAGGCUCAACUCAGCGAACUAGAUCGAGAGAGCUCAGAAUUCUCAGAUCUGGAAGCUCUGUACCUUCAAAUCGCACGACUACAGCUGCGUAUAUACUACCUUCGAUGCCCAGAGGAUGAGAUGUUUUCUCUGAACCUCACUAAAAUAUACACGACGGCUAUACAAGUCAUUGAGAUGACAGGCAGGCUAGACAGUGAGAUAAAUCUAGCAUCGUUCUGCCCACAUCAGAUAUAUCGCAUGUCGGCCUUAGCAGCGUCCGUUCUUCUGCGCAUCUUGAAGACCCGUAUCUCAAAAUAUAUCCGCGACCAGCAGGCAGGGAAAGUUUCAUAUUUUCAAGAAAUCGCACUUCUGAGAAAGAUGUCUAUCCACAAUAACGAUAUGCCAGGCCGUAUGGCGGGGAUAUUUGCUCAGCUCUGGACAUCGCAGAAGGCUUUCAAGCCGAAGGGUGAUGGUAUUGCUUCUCCAGAAGUGAGAAUUCAAAGUCGGCUUUCGAUGAGUCUUUUACAUGAUACGAUGUGGUGGUGGCGAGAAGAAUAUGGCGACCAACCAUACACCAGGAGUCUCAAGAAAGAACAACAAGCAAACCUACUAGAGUCUUUAGCGCCGUCAAACCCCUUGCCAGUUGAAAGCUACCUUGAAAAUCCAAAUGCCGAAAACAAUGUCCCGGAGAAUGCAAAUAGUAGUAACCCGCACGUUCCGGAUCAAAACCUCAUAAGUCAAAGUGCAACCAACGAUUUUUUCGCAGUGGAUGACACAAUGCCUUUCCUCUGGGACCCCAUCGAUCCUGGCUUUGAAUCAAUGAUCGAGUUGUUCCCUGAUUCAUGGCCGCUAUGA